AUGGCCGACGGAAAACCAAAGCGAUCGCUGUUCAAACGCCCAACGUGGGCGGCGGCUACACCCACCGCUGCUUCAGCCUCUCCAGACCCGACUGCGAAGCCAGAAGAGCCGACAGACAUUUUCAGCCAUUCGCAUACAUUCAGCGAGCUUGUCGAGGAUCGUCAACGCCAACGUCAAAGAAAGAAAAGCGACAAGGAUCUUCUAAGGCGAAGUCAGAACAGCGAAACAAAAGAGGAGGAAUCACGAGCGGGCAAGCGCCGGCGCAUAAGUGAUGAGGAUGGCUCUGAGCUUCCUACCAAGAUCAAACCCAAGGCAUCAGAAAGAGAGACGUCGGUACAAGCACCUGCUGGAUCAGAAAACUUUGCGACAGCUCCUACACCACAAAAAUCACGACCGCGACAAGAGACGGUAAUAGAGCUGCUGGACGACUCGGACGACGAUGCGCCUGUGAGCCACAACAAUGCCUCGAACGAUGAGGUCCGCUCGAACGUUAACAGUCUUGAACCUACACCUGCAGCAGAGGCAGACCCAGACGAGGACGAGGACGCCGUGUACUACUCGGAUCCGGACAUCCGCGAAUAUGCCCGUAAAGCUCGCGAGAAACGACGGCAAGAGGAGCGAGAGCGGAACGAGAAUGGUGUUCAUGAUCCAACUGUCAAACUGCUCAUCACCUCGCCAUUACCUGGCACUGGACCUCUUAUCGUUUCUCGAAAACUAUCACAAAACCUUCAGGCUGUGCGAGAGGCUUGGCUGAGCAAGCAGUCACUGGACCCCACGAUUGCCAGCCGCGUGUUCUUCGUACACAAAUUACGAAGAGUGUACGAUGUGACUACCGUCCGCAGUCUGGGAAUCAAGGUGGACUCCUAUGGCCGUAUUAUGGCUGAUGGACCUUUCGCCAACACCGACAACGAGCACGCCGAGAAGAUCCAUAUCGAGGCUGUAACAGAUGAAGCAUGGCAAGAACUGAAGGACAAAAAGGCUGCGAAGGAUCCGCCAAAGCCAAACAAGUACCUAAGCAAUGCUGCAGCUGCGAACGGUAGGGGAGCCAGCACGGAAGGCACACCCGCUGUUGACGGUGAAGCAGUUGUCGAGGAACCUCUGAUCAAGGUCACGCUGAAAGCAAAAGGUCACUCGGACAUCAAGAUCAAAGUGCGGCCGAGUACGACAUUUGUGAAGAUGAUCAAUGCAGCACGGCGAAGUUUCAAGCUCGAUGAUGCGCGGCUUGUUCAUCUUGAAUUCGAUGGUGAAAGGUUGGAGCCGCCAGAAGGGCUUGUCAAAGAUACCGAUAUCUCGGACAUGGAUUGUAUCGAUGUUCAUAUCAAGUAA